AUGGGAUUUUUGCUUCUGUUCGUUUUCGCUGUAGCAGCUUUGGAAGGUGUCCGGUCCCAGGUGCAGCUGGUGGAGUCCGGAGGGGAUGUGAAAAAGCCCGGAGACUCUCUCCGCCUCUCCUGCAAAGCCUCCGGGUUCACCUUCAGCAAUUACUACAUGAACUGGGUCCGGCAGGCUCCCGGGAAGGGACUAGAAUGGGUCGCUGAAAUACACCCCGGUGGGAGUAGUACAUAUUACCCUGAUUCAGUGAAAGGCCGAUUCACCAUCUCCAGGGAUAAUCCCAAGAGUGAGCUGUAUCUGCAAAUGACCGGCCUGAAGCCCGAGGACACCGCCCGCUAUUACUGCGCGAGAGACACAGUGACACGAAACCGGUGCCAUAUGGGAGGUGUCAGCUCCCAGAUCCAGCUGACCCAGUCUGGGGCAGAAAUCAAGAAGCCUGGAGAGUCUGCGAAGGUGACAUGUAAAACCUCCUGCUACACCUUUACCAGCUAUUACGUUAGCUGGGUGUGGCAGGCUCCCGGGAAAGCCCUGGAAUGGAUCGGAUAUAUCGCCCCCAGUACAGGUGGCACUGGCUAUGCCCAGGCCUUCCAGGGGCGAUUCACCAUCACCAGGGACACCUCCAUAAGCACGGCCUAUCUGCAGCUGGGCAGCCUGCGAACCGAGGACACGGCCACGUAUUACUGUGCUAGGGACACAGCUAUGGGGUAUUUUGGGGCAGGGUCUUUCAAUCUCUCCUGUUCAUGCUGUUCCACCGUGACUAAAUUAACACUCAUUUUGUCUAAAAGAGAAUGGGAUGUGCUGGGGGUGUCUGUACCGCAAAUGUCACCCUCCCCUUGA